AUGAGCGAGGAUCUGAUGCACCGUGCUGAUGCGCGUUUUGAAAUCUGCCAGGAGUCCAGAACCAGGACCCAUAUCCAGGGACCCAAGUCCCAUUUCCACUCGUCGUUUCGUGCUCCUCAACACAGGUCAACAAAUCUUGCUCGAAACUUGCGCAAACGUCAAGGAUCAUUGAUCUUCAGCCAUUUCAGGAAUUCAAAGCUGUACAUCGGCUUGGUUUUACCUGUUCCAUCCGUCGUGAUGCCUUCCGAUUUUCCAGAGACUCAUCCGCCCUUGCCCACAGACCGUGUGAAACCCCCACAACCGUCCUUCCGGGAUCCUGCCUCCCAUUCUUAUCCUGGGCUUCAUUUUACCGAUCAACUUCAUCUUGACCUCCAUCUGGAUCCCACUUCGAAGACCAUCACAGCAAAAGCCUUCUACCGCUUUUUAGUUCUUGACGCCGCUUCCGAGGUCUUAACUCUCGAUGUCCGCAGCCUCGAUAUCGACACCAUUCGUUCUCCAUCCCACCCAGACCCACUUUCAUAUACGAUAUCCAACGAAUCAUCGCCGAUCGGUGGUGCGCUACAAGUUUCCCUUCCACCACAACUUCGUGUCACACCUUUACAACUCGAAAUUACCUACACCACUUCCGGCACAGGCGCCCCACAUCCUGCUGGUGGUGCAAUGGAUUGGCUCUCCACGUCCCCUGCAACUGCGGAUGCCCCGUUCGGAUUCACUCAAUGUCAAGCCAUACAUGCGCGUUCUAUUGUUCCAUGUCAAGACACCCCCGCCGUCAAGGCUCCGUACUCGGCUUUAGUUUCGAUUGCCGCUCCUUUCGACACGCUCCCAAUCGUUAUGUCUGCACAACGCGUCCCUUUGCACCAGGGCGACCGGGCGAACGCCAGUAGAUUUGAGUGCAAUGUGCCAAUCCCCAGCUACCUGAUCGCUUUUGCGUUUGGAAAGCUUGAGUGGAGAAAGCUUUCCAGUAGAUGUGCAGUUUGGGCACUCCCCUCUGUAGUCGAAAAGGCCAAAUGGGAAUUUGAAAAUGUCGAACAGAUGCUUCAGGUCGCCGAAGAGGUGGCAGGACGAUACGUCUGGGGUAGAUACGAUUUGCUCGUUCUUCCCCCUUCCUUUCCUUACGGGGGUAUGGAAAAUCCUUUCCUCACCUUCGUUACCCCAACACUGCUUUCUGGUGAUCGCUCUUUGGUUAGCGUUGUUGUUCACGAAAUAAGUCAUUCGUGGGCAGGCAACCUCGUAUCUUGCCAAGAUUGGCGGCAUUUAUGGGUGAACGAAGGAUUCACCGUGAAACUUGAGCGCCGCAUUCUAAAGCGUUUAUACGGGUCAGGACGGGAAGGAUUGGAUGCAAUUGCUGGCCGUCAGACGAUGAAUUCAUUUAUCAAGUCUUUAGGAGCCGGUCACAAAUACACAUCACUCGUCUCAAAACUAGAGGCUGAGGAAGAUCCAGACGACUAUUUCUCAUGCAUUCCGUACGAAAAAGGUUACAGUUUUCUGUCCUGGCUUGAAUACUGUGUGGAGCGAGAGACUGGAGAAGACUUUCACGAAUUUUUGAGGACCUAUUUCACAAAGAACCGAUACCAGUCGAGUACUUCAGUGGACUUCAUUCACCUCUUCAAGGAAAAGUUUCCGGAGGUUGGAGACAAAAUAGAUUUCGACACAUGGUUGCAUGGUGUUGGGCAGUGUCCUGACCUUGCCCCAGUUGACACUAGCCUUGUAGAUGCAGCCACAGACCUCGCUCGCAACUGGCUCACAUUGUUUGUAGAGUUCCCGGAAGAUUCUGAAGAUGCAAAAUCUCUCAUCGAAAAGAACCUUCGCGUAAGGCCCUCUGAAUUCCAGAAAUGGGAUCCCAAGCAGAAGCUAUGUUUUUUGUACGAAUUACGGGCCGGUAUUGAUGCAGCAGAGGAAGGAGACGAAGUCAACUGGAAUGCACGAGCUGCUCGCAUCAUGGACACUCUGUACGAUAUGGGCAGCUAUCGCAAUUCUGAAAUUCGUUUCGCGUGGGUCCGUCUCGCCCUCUUGGCUGGGUAUUUCGAAAUCAUUGAAAAUGUGAAAGAGUUUGUGUCGUCUCAAGGACGGAUGAAAUUUGUUCGGCCUUUGUUUAACGACUUGCACAAAGUCUAUCCCAAAGGUACGCUUGCGAAAGAGCUGUUUGCGACAGUGAAACCUUCGUAUCACAGUAUUGCUUUAAAGAUGAUUGAGAGGGACCUUUCAAUCGAGCAUUCGUAAAGCACUAGCCCGUAGAGAACAUCCUGGCAUCAGUUAAGCCGUCCCGGCUUCGGUGUGCACAAUACCAUUGUGCAUCACUGUCGAAGC